CACGCGACCAGUGGCGAUUACGAUUACUUAUCAUCUUUCUAGUCUAUUUCCAGUGCUUGAUGACAAUAUUAAAGGCGUCGUAAUCUUAUCGCUGUUUUAUAAAAAGUAUUUGAUUGCGUAACAGUGUUCAUGAAAUAGGCAAUGUGAGUUAUGCGCAUUCUACUCAGGCCAUUUAUUGCGUCCAGACAAGUAGCGCGGCAGCAACUAAAUAAUAAAGUGAUACCAAUAAAGCUACGACAUCCUUUUACAACAGCUUUAGUGUGGAGAGCAAUGGAGGAUAAAGAAGCCUUGAAAAAACGUUUGACUCCACUGCAAUAUCAUGUCACUCAAGAAGCUGGAACUGAGCGACCUUAUACAGGGUGCUACAAUAAAUUUUAUGAAGAAGGACUGUAUGUAUGUAUAGUCUGCAGACAGGACUUGUUUAGUUCGAAGACUAAGUUUGACUCUGGUUGUGGCUGGCCAGCAUUCAAUGAUUGCCUAGCUAAAGAUAAAGUCACUUUGCACCAGGAUACAAGCGCAGUUGGAGCGAAUAUAUUACUAGUUUUAACACGGCCAGGUUUGGUGCGAACUGAGGUGCGAUGUUCCAAGUGCUCCGCUCACCUGGGCCACGUGUUCGAUGACGGGCCGGCGCCCACCAAGAAACGUUUUUGUAUUAAUUCUGCCUCGAUGGACUUCAUACCAGCCGAAGAAAGAAAGGAUUAACUUGUCUUUAUAUUUUUCCUUCUGAUACAAAAGUCACCGUUAACGAUACUACGAUAAAAUGUUACCGAUACUAUAAAAUACCAUUUGACGUAGUUUAGCGCAAAUGAUCCAUUCUCUAAAACUGGCUUGCCAUCACAGAACAGCCCUUGUUGCUUCAAUAGGCUACUAGACUCAUAUCUAAUUGGCACAAGAAAUGAUUAUCUUCUGUAAUAUUUGACAAGAAACCAUGAAUUUUUGAUUUUGGGUAUUAAAAGUGUACGAUGACUGCAUUUUUCAUUAUAAAUGUAAGUAUUUUUUUUUAUUUAGGCCACUGAAAACGCUGUCGACCUUGUAGUGACAGUGACGUCAUCCCAUACAACGAUUUCGGUCGCAAAAUCUUCAAAUUAGUCACUAAAUGUCAAAUGUGACAUAACGCGUGGUAAGGUCGUGCACACAAUGUGCGGUCCUGAUACAAUAACAAAAUGGAGUCGACGUAUGCACGCAUUACGGUAAUAAAAUGUGUACAAAUUUUGAAUGCUAUUCACUGUCAGAACGGUUUCUUACUUCACUUUGUUAGACACUGUAUGCACACAUGACGGUAACAAAAUGUGUACGAAUUUGUGGCUGUCAAUGUCACUGCCAGGCGAUUUCUAACUACACUUUGUUAGUCGCCGUACGCACUCAUUACGGUAACAAAAAGUUUUUUUAUUUAUUUAUUGAAAACAAAGAUUACAAUCAAUGUCACUGUCAAAAGAAGCCAUUUUGUACUUUCAGUCACCGUGUACUCUAGGACCAUUUUGCGACCAAUUUUCGACUGUUUUUUUACCUGGAAUAUUUCCCAGCCUUAAUCCAUAUUUUAACAACUUUAUUGGUUUUCUAAGCAUUAUUUUUAUUAUUUCAGUAUAGUACUUACAUGCACCGGAGCACUAAAAAUUCAGUAUAGUUAUGUACACAAACACUGAGUAGUAAUAGUUAUUUGUUAUACAAGGGGGCAAAGUUGUAUUUUAACGCCGAGUGUGAAAUUGAAAAACGAGCAAGUAAAAGGAUUCUAUAGUUGAACCACGA